CGCGUCACAGUUGCUUGUGUUUCAAUUUGUUGUAUUUUGUUUAGGUUUUAUUUUUACACUGACGUGCCACAUUCAGCCCACUGCCAAUGAAUAUUAACGAUGGCGACUUCAAGGAUCUGCGUAAGAAGCUCGACGUCAUGGGUUUCAAUCAGACAAUGCCUGUGCUGGCGAUACCCUUGGUUAGCGCCAUUUUCGGGGACUUGAUCAAAACAACGGAAUGUUUGCGUGAUACCAAAAAGCAAGUGGCGGACCUGCUAGAGGAAAAAGCUUGUUGGGAAUUAGGAGUGGAGCCGUACAAGUGUGACAACUCACGCCUACUGGCUGAAUGCAAUGAGCUGCACCUACAGUUCCUGAAGGAGCGCGAGGACUAUGAGCUACAACUCUGCGAGUUGCAGCGUGAGGUACGCAACCUACAAACAGACAAGGAGCACUUGCAAUGCCACAAUCAGCAAUUACAGCAUCAGCUAGACGCUGUGCUAACCAAACAAAUAAACACUGCGACUAAACGCACGCAAGCUGUUCCUCCCAGGCAAGUAAAAAAGCCCUUUAUAAGCACAGUUCGCGCUGGCCAGUCACUGCCCCCUGUGCUCGGCGGCUUAGCAGGCACCUCCGCCUUCAAAUGCACAAAAUGCAAUGCCGGCAUUUAUCAGAAGACCACAACAAAAACCAAGGACGGCAUAACAAUCACCAACACCAGUGGACAGGAAGAGCUCGAUAAGUUACAGAAUGAUUUAAGCAGUGCAAACGACCAACUAGAGUUCUACAAACGCAAAGUGGAGUCGCGUAAUCGCGAAAUUCGGCGGCUAAACGAUAUGCUAACCGGUGGUCGACCACCGGUGGCGUUGGCCAAGGACUGCUGUUACAAAGAGGUGGGCGCCUUGUCGCAGGACAUCGAUUUGCUGCAGCGUGAAAAAACCGAACUGAUGUCGCAGGUUCGUGAGUAUCAAGAUAAAAUGCAUGAUGCCAUGCAGCGCGCCUUACGGACCGAGGAAGAUAAGCGUUCUUUGCAAACGCAUCUAGACGAGCUGAAGCAAGCAGCACUGCAGGUGGAGCAGCAGGCUAACUCUGAAAUAGAUGCGCGCGAGCACGAACUGCGUCAACUACAGGACGAACUGAAGAAAUUGCAUCUGCAAAACGAGCAACGAACUAAGGAGCGUAUGACGGCACAACGUCUUACCGCAGGUACCUCGGCAGCUAUGCACAAUGACAAGCGAAGUCUGAACGAGCGACUUAAUGUGUUGACACGACGUGAAGAGGAGCUGCAGACGUGCAAUGAAAAGCAAAAGAAAAAGCUCCACAAAAUGCACGAUAAGAUGACUGCCCUGCAGAAAGAGUUGCGCGAGCAAAUGGAACGACACACUGUGACUCUGGACGAGGAGAAAAUACGUCUGCGUUCGGAGCGUGACUUCUUCCAGAAGGAAUAUCUGCGAAUGAUGAGCAAAGCCGGCUCGGAGGGCGAAAUCGAGUUCCUUCAAGCGCAAAUCAAGUCUAAAGAUGAUGAGUUACGCACGCUGCGUACGGAGCUCUGCAUGACGAGCGCUAGCAAGGGGCAUGUGUCGCCAGUUAAGAGCGCACUUUACGAAACAUUGACUUGCACUGCCACCGUCAACAAUAGUAAUCGCAGCGAUUGUGUGCAAGCAGCCAUUGCGCGAGUGGAGAGGGAACGAGACUGUGCGCGUGCUGAACUAGAACGCUUCCGUUGUGAACGGGAUACGCUGCGCGAGAAGCAUCUGUGCGCCAUUCAAAUGCAUGCCGAGGAGUUGCAGGCACUCCGAAUGCGUAAUGAAAGUUUACAGGAUCGUCUGCGUUCUAUUGAACGCGAAAAUCAGGACCUCAACACGGCUAAAGUGCCCGCAGAGAUAAACGUGAAACGGCUAAGGGAGGAUGUGGAUCAAUUAAAACAGCGAUUGGCAGCGGCACAGAAAGAAGUUGAGAAGCUGAAUACAGAAAACUCUCAAAUAACCAUGCUUAAUGACAAAAACGAACGCAUCAUAGCUGAUUAUCAGAGCAGGCUAAUCGUAGCCGAGAGUAAGCUGCACAAAGCCGAUGUGCGUGUCAACACUUUGGACUCCAAUCGGGAAACCAGUCGCAGUGAAGUGACGCAGCUUCGCAGCGAAGUGGCUGCCCUCAGGAAAACUUACAUGAGUCUGGAGCAUGAAAAGGAUUUGCUGCUGAAUCAAUUGGAUAACAAAACAGAGCGUGCCUGCAAAUUAGAGUACGAGCUUAAAGAUUGCAAGGAAAAACGCAAUGAUUUGGAACUCAAAGCUAGAGAACUGGAGGAGCAGAUUCACAAACUAACGACCAGGACACGUCAACGAGAUAAAGAACUGAAUGAAACCUCAACCGAAAGCAAAACAUUGCGCCAGCAAGUUAUGGCACUCAAAGCGAGCCGCGAUGAGGCCAUUUCAGAGAAUGGAAAACUUGCGGACAAACUGAGCGAUGCACAAGUGGAAGUUAGGACGCUGCAGAAGAGCUUGAAGGACUCGGAGCAGAAGGUGGCGAACAUGAAGCAACAAUUGCAGCAAUAUGUGCAGGAGGUGAAGAAGGCGGAGGAUUUGCUAAUGGAGAAGGUAUACUUUGUCUUAAAGGAUAAGGAGCGCGAGGAGCUGCUGGAUCAUUAUCGCAAUCUGACUGAGGAUCAGGUACUGCUAGAAGGAAACAAUCAAACGCUUGAAAUCGAAGCAGCCGAAUCAAAGCGGCAAAUCUAUGAGAUGGAAUGCGAAAUACGCUCGUAUAAGGAGAAGCUGCGCUGUAGACAGUGUGCAGUGGAGGAGCUGGAGGAUAAGUUAAGCGCAGCGCGCUCGAAUAUACGUUGCUUGGAACGGCAGCUGGAGGACUCGCACGAUGAGCUGCGCCUCCUAAAAAUCGAUCUAGAGGCGCGCAAAGAGCUCUGUGAUAAGCUCGAUGUGCAAAAGGAUAAACUUAAUGCAGAGCUCGGUGAAGUCAACACGAUACGCGAGAAGCUGGUCGCCGAGUGCGAGAGACUGCGCAGCGAGGCGAAGGAAUCGGCUUCCAUCAAACAGCUAACCACCGAGACCACGGAGGAGAUGCUCGCGCGCAUGCACAGCGAACUGCAGCGGCACUACGAUGCCGAUGUUAAGGCCCACCACGAACUGGAGCGCUUGCAGCGCCAAUGCGAGAAGACUCUGAAAGAGCUGGAAGAGGAGCGCAAACGCUGCUGCCAACAGGGAGAUUUGGCCAAUCAGUGGCAGUUGCAGGCACGAGAAUUGCGCCAGAAUCUGACCGAGGAUCGAUUUCGGGAAGCGCGUACACGUCAAAUAAGUCCCACAGUGCCAUCCACAACCCUUUGAAGUCGUCGAUCCAGCCCGAUGCUUGUUCAUAGUUGUUAAGUUUAAUGUCUUGUACUUAUAUUGCCUAUUAAGUGCCCGUCGAUAUUUGUAUUUAGUGUUUUUGUGUGGCAUAUUUUUUGUACCUAGUUAUGUUUUUAUUAUUCUUAUAAAUUACUGCAAAUUUUAUGUAAGUCUAGGAACUAUUUAAUUUG